AUGGAUGAACUUCUUGACGACUACUUGAAUGGAGGUAGUUAUACUCAGAAGCACUGGAAUGCACCUGAUGCCUUCUUAAAAGAGGAUGAUACUCCUGUACAUUAUAUUCAACAGUUGGCAUUAUUUAUCAAUCAAUAUAGUUGGCUGUAUAGGGAGAGAACAAUUGACUUCUUUCUCAAUGAUGUAUGGUCAUUGGUGCCAGUCGAGUGGCAUGAGCCUCUACUAUCAAUGACCGAUACAGAGUGUCUUUGGUUCGCGUCGGCCGAUGUUGUUAAGGACACAUGGCCACAAUCACUUAGGACCUUUGUCACUGAGGCCAAACGACUAUGGAUGCCAAAGACUGUGAAAAGAGAUGAACAACGUUGGAAGAUGCCAGACUUUGCUCUGCCAUCACUCAAGCUAAAGAUGUCAGAGAAAAAGAUACACGAGAUCAAGAGAAUGGCAGAGUUGGUGGACAGUGUCGCAAUCAUCAUGAAACCAGACGAGAUCGUUGACAUUGGUUCAGGCGAGGGAUACCUCACUCAAGUGCUCUCACAUCAAUAUCAUCACAGCCUUACUGCUAUCGACUGUUCAGAAUCAUUCAUUGGUGGUGCAAUCAAACGACAGAAUCAGAUAGAGGUGGAGAGAGUAUCGGCAAGGAUGAAGGCGCUAAAUGUGGUGUCAAGUACAACUACUACCAACAACAACAACAAAGAUGUCGUUCAGGAGGAGAUAGUGGAGGGAGACGACGAGACCACAACAAUAACAAAGAAAAAGAUAAAGAUAAGACUUACACCUGAGCAACAACAAGAGUUGGCAGAUAGGAAGAAGAUGGAAAAGUUGGAAAAGAGGAAGGCAUUGUUGGAUGAGAUGGAUAUCAGUGGUCCAAAGAUGUGUGUCGCAAUGAUAUCGCCAGAGAUGAAGAAUGAUGACUUUAUCAAUCUGCUGGCCAAACACGAUUCAUCCAAGCAAUACCAGUCGAUAAUGAUGAUUGGAUUGCACACCUGCGGUACAUUGGCCUCCACCAUGAUUGCAAACUAUGUACAAUGCAACAGAGUCAAUUGUCUGGUCGAUGUUGGUUGUUGCUACUACAGGAUACCAGGUCAUUCAUACCAGUUCCUGUCAGAGAGCGCACGAGGUCUGGUGGAGCUGGGGCCUGCCGCACUAAAGCUCAGCUGCGAGGCGUCCGACUUCUCAUAUGGCACACGAUCAGAUGAUCAACUAUAUUCACUCAACGAGUUCAAGUACAGCAUGAAGGUACACUUCUUCCGUGUGAUCUUUGAGACAGCACUCAUUCGAUUGUAUGGCGCAGAUCACUCAUUCACCAUUCGUUGUAUCUCUCGUGCCAACUCUGCAACGUUUGAACUAUAUGCACAGAGUGCACUGAAACGAAUGACAUCACAAUUGGACAAACAACGAAAGGAUGGUGGUGGAGUGCAUGACAACAGGUCAUUGCCAACAUUGGACCAACUAAUGGAGAUUUACCAUCAGUAUGAGAAUGACCAAAAGAAGAUAUCAUUGUUCCUACUACUACGAGGUUUGAUUGCGCCCGUACUCGAGUCAUACAUCGUCAUGGAUCGUUGGUUAUUCCUGGAUGAGUCACGCCAACAUACCGAGAAAGUCACCGGCCAAACAUCCACGCUGCGAUCAUUCAUCGUACCAAUCUUUGAAGAGACCAUCUCACCUAGGAACUACGCCAUACUCAGCUUCAAACAACCAUUGACGAAGCAGAUGCCUCAAUAA